AUGGAGCUCGUCAUCAUCGGUGCCAGUUUGCUGCUGCCCGUCGCACGAGCAUGCGAGCCAGGCAGCUGUGGGGAUUUUCUUCAGGUUGGCCUUUCCAUGCAGCGUGCUGCACUCGAAGAGCAUCCGUGGCCACAUGCCAGGGGCAAGGUGCCGGGGCAGCGAGGGACCACCGAGGUGGUAUCCCACUUGCCAGGUGGUCGUCCAGCAAACUGGAGCUGGCACAACCCAGCCGGUCAGUGGGAGGACAUGGUAGGAGGUGGACCUGUGAUCGACAAGGACAGGUGUAUGUACUUGAUGACUGAACAUGGUCUCUGGAAAUUCUCACCGUCCGGCAAUGUGCUUUGGCACUAUACGACCCCGGGAAAAUCUGCCAACGAACCUUAUCUGACUGGUGACAUGCUCUUGAGCUCGACUACCGAAGGAAAAGUCUUCGCGGUCGACCGGCAUACCGGGGAGGAGCUUUGGGUCACGCGCGUGGCCGAGGAUGCUGGAGCAGAUGCCGCCUACCCGGCAGCGCUGAGCGGAGUUUUCGUCGUCGCGUCCAGUAGGUGCGAAGGCUCCUCGGACUCUGCGCCCUGGGGAAACACGCACAUCUUCGGCUUGGCCGUGGGCACCGGGGAGAAGCUCUGGGACUACGAGUCCGACACCGUCUUGAUGGACCUAACACCUCUCUUUCCGGACGAUGACACCUUCGUCUUCAUGAGCCAGGAUGGGAGCGUCUACCGAGUCGGCUUGCACAAUGGCAGCCUUCUCUGGAAGGCAGACUCGAACAGGAGCGACAGUUACAGCGACGGGGGCGCAGUCAUCGGUCCCAAUGGCGUGGUCUAUGCCUGUAGCAACAUUGAGCAUGGGAUGCAGGGAACACCGGGGGUCGUUCGUGCUUUCACACUGAACUCCGGCCAUUUGCUUUGGGAGCACAUUCUGAAGGAUCCUUGUUGCACCUUCCCAGCUGUCGGUCAUGUCAAGGGCGCAGAAGCAUUGGCUGUCGUGGUGGCUGCCGGCGCCUGGCCCAAAGAGGCAGUCGACACGGGAAGUGUGCUGGCCCUGGAUGCAGAGACCGGAUCCCUGCUUUGGCAGUUCAAUGCAGAGCCGUACGUUCCUCCUUUGGCAGCCGGAGAUGAGGAAAGGCUGAGAUAUUUCCACAAGCACCCGCAGGUCUCAGAACGCCUACUCUGCGUGCUCUGCCUGCCUGCGCAGUGGAGUGCCCCGGUCAUCGCUGGAGAUGGUGCCGUUUUUGUCGGGCGCGCCGACGGGAAGCUUUAUGUGGUCCACGGUGCCUUGAUAGGUGAUGAGGUCCCAUCGAACUUGACGAAGGAUCCGGUGACCGGUGUGCAAGCUUUGGUUCAGAGCGUCGGCAGCACACCAGUGCACGGUGCACUGGGCUUUGCCGAAGGCCUCCUGGCUUACGCUACCUGCGACUCUCUAUAUGUUUGGCAAGAGCCAUGA